CCAUUUCUCAGUGUUUCUGCUCUGGGAGAGAUUUGCCAUUUUCCUGGUAGUGCAAGAACUGUGGCAAGGAGACUGAAAAACAGUGGACUUUGCAAUCAAAGAGCUGGUGCUCUAAAUCGGCAUUUAACUGCCUCUCAAAAGAUUGACCGUAUGGCUUUUGCAGAAGAAUAUAUGGACUUUGAUUGGAGUAGAGUCAUUUUUUCGGACAAAAAAUUAUUUUCUUCCAUUAACAAUGCCCUGUGCCAGGUGUCGUCACCACAGGGAGAGUGUUUCAGUUCCACAUUUUCGGUCAAAAAGAAGAGAAACAAAUGCUUUUAUGCUGGUGUUUGGGGUUACGUCUCUGCUCAGGGAGCAGGGCCACUGUGGAGAAUAGAUGAUAUCUUCAACAGAGAGGCUUAUUUUAAUAUUCUGGACUGUAUAUUGAAGCCAAGCCUUGAGAUGCUUUAUCCUGAGGGUGACAUAUAUUUUCUGCAGGUCACCUGAUCUCAACCCAAUGGAAAAUAUGUGGGCUGAGGUUACAAGGUCACUAC